ACCUUAAUUAAUCUCCCAAGUAUUUUAUUUUCUUUUUCUUUCUAAUUAUACAAAAUAAUAAAUUUGAGUAUAAAGGAACAAAUUCCCAUCUGAACACAUUAAAUUAGCUUCUUAGUCAAUACUCAAAUAUCACUACCUUUUUGCUAUAUAAAUAUAAUUAACACCAAAUCCUCUUUAUGAAGACACCACUAUAAAAAGAGUAAAGAAAAGAAAGAUAAUCAAUCAUUCUAUUUAUACCACACUAUAACUCUGUUCUCUCUAGUGCUAUCUCCGUAGAUAUUCGAUCUCGAUCAAAAUCAACAUCCAAAAGAUUCGACCAAGCUCUAGAAGGGCUAACUAAGAAGAUGCUUCACUACAGGAACCUCAACACUCCUUCUCCACUCCUUAAAUUCGGAGCUGGGGUGAACUCUCUCACUUCACUAGUAUUCAAAAACAGCCACAACUCACUUGGUUUUUAUUCUGAAAAUCACGAUCGAGUGCUGAAGAGUUCGUGUUUGAUCGACCUGACUCGAUCUCAGCCGUUGGUUGGUGGUGGCCAUUGUGAUCGGAGGGAGGAGAGUAGUAUUAGUAGUAGUGGUGAGAAAAUGUCUGUGAGGUGUAACACAGGGUCCCACUCUCAUAACAGAAUUAGUAUCGAAAAGGAAGAUGGGAGUGGGAAAACGACAACGACGAAAGGGAGUGGUAAGAUAAAAGGGAAUGUCGUUUUGAUGAAGAAGAACGUUCUUGAUUUUAAUGACUUUAACGCGUCGUUUCUUGAUCGGGUUCAUGAGCUCUUUGGUCAAAGGGUUUCUCUACAACUAGUCAGUGCUGUAAACGGUGAUCCUGGAAAUGGAAUGCGAGGGAAACUUGGAAAAGAAGCAUAUUUAGAAGACUGGAUUACAACAAUCAGUCCCUUAACGGCAGGAGACUCCGCUUUCGACGUUAAUUUCGAUUGGGAUGAGAAGAUCGGGGUACCCGGAGCUUUCAUCAUCCAAAAUUACCAUCACAGCGAGUUUUACCUCAAGACUCUCACUCUCGACAAUGUUCCUGGCCAUGGCAGAAUCCACUUCGUCUGCAACUCUUGGGUUUACCCGUCUGAUAAGUACCAUUCCCCUCGAAUUUUCUUCGCUAAUAAGACUUAUCUUCCCAGUGAAACUCCCUUAUCGCUACGGAAGUAUAGAGAAGAAGAAUUGGCGAAUUUGAGGGGCAAUGGAACGGGUGAGCGUCAGGAAUGGGAUAGGAUUUAUGAUUAUGAUUACUAUAAUGAUUUGGGGAAUCCUGAUAAAGGCGCUAAAUAUGCUCGUCCUGUUCUUGGAGGCUCUCCUCAGUAUCCUUAUCCUCGCAGAGGAAGAACUGGGCGAAAACGAACAGAUACAGAUCGCAAUACUGAGACCCGUCUGAAUCUUGCUUUGAGCUUAAACAUUUAUGCUCCAAGGGAUGAGAGAUUUGGUCAUUUGAAGUUGGCGGAUUUUCUUGCUUAUGCACUGAAAUCCAUUGGGCAGUUCCUGAAACCUGAGAUAGAAGACCUCUUCAAUAGUACUCCAAACGAGUUCGACAGCAUUGAUGAUGUUUUUAAACUCUAUGAAGGAGGAGUUGAUGUGCCCGAGGGUUUACUUAAGAGUGUUAGAGAUAAUAUUCCCGCAGAGAUGCUCAAGGAGAUUUUCAGAACUGAUGGCGAAAGGUUUCUCAAAUUUCCGGUUCCUCAAGUGAUCAAAGAGAACAAGACUGCAUGGGAUACUGAUGAAGAAUUUGCAAGGGAAAUGCUGGCUGGAAUAAAUCCUGUCAUGAUUCAUCGUCUCCAAGAGUUUCCUCCAAGAAGCAAGCUAGAUCCCAAAGUUUAUGGAGAUCACACUAGUAAAAUAACAAAAAAUUACAUAGAACACAACUUAGAUGGACUCAGCGUAGAUGAGGCAAUAAGGAACAACAAAGUAUUCAUACUAGACCACCAUGACACGCUAAUUCCAUUCCUUAGGCGGAUAAAUGCAACCAACACAAAGAUUUAUGCUACCAGGACAAUAAUUUUCUUGCAAAAAGAUGGGACUCUUAAGCCUUUAGCAAUUGAACUCAGCUUGCCACAUCCUGGAGGAGAUCAUUUUGGCUGCAUUAGCAAAGUUUACACUCCAGCUGAUAAAGGUGUUGACGGAUCCCUUUGGCAACUCGCCAAAGCUUAUGUUAAUGUGAACGACUCUGGCUAUCAUCAACUUAUAAGCCACUGGCUGAAAACGCAUGCAGCAAUUGAGCCAUUUGUGAUAGCAACAAAUAGGCAGCUGAGCGUGGUUCAUCCAAUUAAUAAGCUGUUGCAUCCUCAUUUCCGAGACACAAUGAAUUUGAAUGCAGUUGCUAGGCAGAUUCUGAUUAAUGCUGGGGGAGCGCUUGAGGCUACAGUUUUUCCUGGAAGGUAUUGCAUGGAAAUGACUUCUGCAAGUUACAAGGAGUGGACUUUUCCUGGCCAAGCACUUCCUGUUGAUCUUAUCAAGAGGGGAGUGGCCGUUGAGGAUGAAAAUUCCCCACAUGGUCUGCGGUUACUGAUAGAUGACUAUCCAUUUGCUGUUGAUGGUCUUGAAAUAUGGUCAGCCAUUAAAACAUGGGUGAAGGACUACUGCUCAUUGUACUACAAAACAGAUAAGAUGGUUCAAGAGGAUUAUGAACUCCAGUCAUGGUGGAAAGAGCUCAGAGAAGAGGGCCACGGUGACAAGAAAGAUGAGCCCUGGUGGCCAGAAAUGCAGACUCGUGAAGACCUAAUAGAAACAUGCACCAUCAUUAUAUGGAUUGCUUCCGCUCUUCACGCAGCCAUAAAUUUUGGGCAGUACCCCUAUGGAGGAUUCCCUCCAAACCGCCCUUCAAUGAGCCGCCGUUUCAUACCUGAAGAGGGUACUCCUGAAUACAAUGAGCUCAAGACAGACCCCGAAAAGGCUCUCUUAAAGACAAUAACUGGGCAGCUGCUUUCAGUACUCGGCAUUUCCCUAGUUGAAAUACUAUCUAGGCAUUCAUCUGAUGAGGUGUAUCUUGGGGAGCGAGACACUCCAGAGUGGACAACAGACAAGGAAGCAGAAAAAGCCUUUGAGAAAUUUGGAAAUAAGCUGAGAGAAAUUGAGCUAAAAAUUGAGAAGAUGAACAAAGAUCAGAAGUUGAAGAACAGAGUUGGGCCAGUGAAGAUGCCAUAUACUUUGCUCUAUCCUUCCAGUGAAGGAGGGCUUACUGGGAAAGGAAUUCCCAACAGUGUGUCAAUCUAAAGCUUUUUAUGUCUAAUACUACUAUAAAUGCCAUUCUUCUCUACCUAAUAAUAAAUUAUACGAGCUUACCAAUAUUGUCCAACAAAA